CCUUCACGUUUGAAUACGGACCUGUCUCUCUCUCUGCACUGUUCUGCAGAUCUCUUUUCAAAUCUUCCAUUUCUUCGUUUCGAUCUUCAAAUUUGCUCUGUUGCAAUCACUUCGUGGACUCUCCGUCUCCGUGAAAUCUCUGUUCUUCGCUCUUCCAAGCUCAUUUGGUUUGCAGGUCUUGUGUGCAACAAGGUUGGUCCUACCAUUGCUUAGGGUGAUUAUAAUGCUUAGAAGUCCAAGUACUGGAGAGUGUCGUGGUGUAGGAAUCCGGUUAUGCAGCUUGACUUGAAUUCUACUCCUUCGGAGGAGCUCUGUGACAGUAUUCAGAAUGUUCAAGUUAUUCAUGGGAGGACUAGUGGGCCUAUAAGGCGUUCUACGAAAGGACAGUGGACACCUGAAGAGGAUGAGAUCUUGCGGAGGGCAGUUGAGCGUUUUAAAGGAAAGAAUUGGAAAAAAAUUGCCGAGUGUUUCAAUGGUCGGACUGAUACGCAAUGCCUACAUAGAUGGCAGAAAGUCUUGAAUCCAAAAAUGGUCAAAGGUCCAUGGUCUAAAGAGGAGGAUGAUAUUAUUAUUGAGUGGGUGGAAAAAUAUGGCCCAAAAGAUUGGUGCAGUAUUGCGCAGCAUCUACCAGGACGUAUUGGUAAGCAGUGUCGGGAAAGGUGGCAUAAUCAUCUUAAUCCUGCCAUAAAGAAAGACGCAUGGACACAGGCCGAGGAGUUUGCUCUGAUUCGUGCUCAUCAAAUUUACGGGAACCAAUGGGCAGAGAUAACGAAGUUCUUGCCUGGAAGGACAGACAAUGCCAUAAAAAACCACUGGAACAAUUCUCUGAAGAAGAAGUUGGAUUCUGUGAAGAUGAAGUACCAUCCAUACUUGAAGUUGGGGCAAGGAAUGCCUCGUGAUUUGGUGAAGAGUCACGCUCUCAACUUUUGUGUCCUGCCGGAGAAGAAGGAUACAGAAAAUGUAAAAUCUUCCUCUAGUGCCAAAAAGCUUCUCAAGUCCGACAUCUUAAUUGUUGAAGGGGUGCAGAUAAACAGGCUGUGAGAAGGUUGUCCUAGUUCUUGUUUUUGAGCUUCACGAGACCGAUGAUAAUUCCGGUGGUCGGCGGAAUUUGGAGCUUCGCAACAGUUAUCGAGUCAUCGGCACGAACCUGUUUUGGGAUAAAAAAUUUGUGCAAUACUCUAGAGAUUAUAGCAGGGAUUAUUAGCACAAUUGCUUUUUGAUAGUCUCUCUUAGCUAUAAAAUAAGCUUGUUAUUUGUUUA